CUCGAUCUCUCCGGGUUCUCUAUUCAACAGAUCUCGCAUUCUAUGCUCGAUCUCGGGAAUUUUCUGAAAGUUUGCUGGCUCCAUGAAAACUCUCUGACAACUUUGCCGGAGGAAAUCUCAUCAUGGUCCUUGGUCUCACAGUUGAGGCUCAGCAACAACGCCUUGACAGGGUUGCCAUCAUCCAUAGGCAAGCUCAAGCACCUCAGCAUGCUCUUUGUUGAUCAUAACAGACUUCGAUCUCUCCCGGAGGAAAUCUGCGAAUGUAAACAGCUCAGUGUUCAGGUUCUUGAUCUCGCACACAAUGGCAUAAAAGAAAUCCCGGAUGAGAUUGGAGACAUUUCCUGCUUAGAGAGCUUGCGAUUAGAUCAAAAUGCCUUUCAUUCGCUCCCGACUACUAUCGGACAGCUCAAGAAUCUGAAAGAGCUUACUCUU